UUGGAUUAAACGAAGAUAACCUAAUACAUUUGUAAGAAGAUAUGUAAACGAAUAUAUAUCUGCGACAGAAAUGUUUCCAAAAAAUAUUUAUAAAGUGACUUUAUAUAAAUGAACGCGUAUAUGUUACAUUUUUAUGUAAUAAUUGUGUAUUAGCCGUUUGAAAUAGUGAUAUAUGUAUCUUGUACUGCACUUUUAUAUCUUGUGCUGAGAACGUGGUUGAGUGUGGUGAUACAUUUGCACUGACGAGUUUUAAUUUAUUAAAUUGUAUUUACGAUAAUUAAACAGUAGUAACGAUGGCGGAGUUCGCAGAAAAACGAUGCGAGGAUAUAAUCCCCGAAUUAGAACAAAUGGAGAAGAUCAAAUUGUUUGAUAAAAGUGAAAUUCGGGGCAUCGCAAAAAAAUUCAAAGAAAACGAAUACAAGAUUCAGCGACAUUCCAAAUGCAAAGAGGACUAUUUACGAUAUAUACAAUAUUUAAUGGACCUUCUUAAAUUGAUCAAGCAACGUAGAGAGAAAUUCGGUAUUCAACAAAUGAAAUCAGAAAUCGAUCACAUCGUUAUGAACAAAAUGAAUCAUUUGUACAAAGAAGCAAUAUUUAAGUUUCAAGAUGACAUACGUUUUUGGAUUGCUUAUAUAAAAUUUUGUAAGCAUGUUCAUUUUCAAAACAGCGUUAGUCACAUAUUAGGUAGAAUGUUGCAAGUACAUCAAGAUAAACCAAAAUGUUGGCAUAUUGCUGCCUUAUGGGAGCUAGAAGAAAAUAAAAACAAGCAGACGGCUCGUCAAUUCCUGCUUAGAGGAUUACAUAUACACCCAACUUCUCAAUUAUUAUAUACGGAUGUUUUCAGAUUAGAAUUGGACGAGGCAUUAUCCGAUGAUCAAAAGAAUGAAACUGUUAAUGACCCAGCAGCUAAUACAGUAACACAAGAUGACAUGUCUACAGGAUUAAAAAGAGCAAAUAUUGUAUAUCAACAAGCAUCAAAAUGUAUUAAGGAUAUUAAAUUUAUUGUGGAAUUGCUCAACAUUGCAAAGGAACGCAGUAACACAGAAAAGCUGCAAAAUAAAAUUAUUAGCAAUAUGAUACAAGAAUAUGCUCAUGAACCCCUAAUGUGGGACACAAUGGCAAGAAGAGAACUGGAAGGACUUGUUCAGCCUUCCCUGGAUGAUACUGUUAUGGAAAUUGAUAGUUCGGAACAGAUUUCGCUGAGAGAUCGUAUAACAUCCUGCAAUAAAGUAUACCAGACGGCACUUAAAAGGAUUAAAACCGAUGAAAUGUGGACAUUGUACAUAGAAUGUCUACUAGAAAUUAAUCAGAAAGAUAGAUCAUUACCCAAUUUUAAAAAAAAAUUAUUAAAAAUUGCAUUUACUCAAGCUCACCAAGCAAAAAAAUUGAAAGAAAAGUAUUACUUGCAUUGGGUUAAUAUGUUAAAUGCUGAGCAAAAAGACGGAACUACAGAAAAAAAAGUAAAAGAAAUUUUGUGUAUGGCUACCGAAGCUAUACCAAAUAGUGUAAGUUUAUGGCAUGCUAGGCUGAGGUAUUUGUUAGCUUCUGAACUAGAAGAGGAAGCUGAAACUAUUUUUCCAAAGGCAAUUAAAACCCUUGGAGACAAAUCACUACCUCUAUGGAAAAUGAAGAUAUUACAUAUGCAAGCUAAAUGUCCUGAAAGAACAGAGGAAGUAUUCCAAGCAGCUUUACGAGGACACCCAAGUGUAGCUCAAGAAAUAAAACCAACUUACCUUGAAUGGCUGGUUCUAACAAAAAGCAUACAAGCGGCGCGGAAAGUUUACGACGAGCUCUGUCUACAACCACCGUUUAGCAUCGAAAUGCAUAAAAAGAUGGCAGAACUAGAAUUAAUGCAACCUGAAAUGUCGUUGAAAUGCUUCAGAAAAUGCCAUGAUAUGACAACAUUACAGUUCGGCAAAAAUAACACAAACGUUUGGAUAGAUUACAUUAAAUUCGAAAUGAAAUACGGUGAUCCAGCGAAAGUUGGAGACCUGCAUAGAAGAGCUGUAAAGACAUUAGAACCGGGAUUAACGGAUUCUUUUAUUUCAGAAUACAGUUUGAUGAAAGCCGAUCCAGAUUCUUUAAACAUAGAUACAACUCUGACCAGUGUGCGUACAUAAACAUUAUACAGAUUCAAGCGGUAUUUCCUUUUCCAUCCGCGUGAGAACAAUAUUACGGUCCGUUUCGUUAGGUAAUCGUGUUCUAUCCCCGGUUUUCAAUGUGGCUCUCAUGUCUAAACACAUCACAUCCGUUGAUAACGAGUGUUCUUUGUCAUCCAGAUUGCUUUCAAUUUUUAGAAGUAAACUUUCGAGAUUGUUAUACGCUUCUCUGAAGAAAAAAAGCAAAAUAUAAAAUAGAAUAACUGAAAGAAAACGGUUAUUGUAUAUCCAUCCUGUUGUUGUGUCCAUCUAAUGCAUUUUUCGAAUGCUCAAUCCAAAACAAUCGUAUGAUGUAUUAAAAACUUUUGGCAAAUGUGUGCACGUACUUGGAGUCGUGGAUAACUUUUUUCAAAUCUUUUUCAGUCUGUCGCAACUGUAGAACUUCAUCUUUCAAACCGCCGUCUACUUCGUCGCGACAGAGUUCAAAGCCAGGACGAUAAGUGCGAUUCUCUAAUCUUGUUUCUGCGCAUUUUAUUGAGUCAGUCUUAUGUAAAAGUGCAUCCUCUAGUCGUACAAUUUCUUUCUGCAUGAUCUCCAUUUCUUUUUGUAUCUGUAAAUUAUAAUUAGAUGUACCUCUGUAUCAAUUGCUUCAUCGUCAGCCUAUUCCUAAGUAAAUGUGACUGUCGCGUGUACCUUAAGCUUUUGCCAUUCCAGUUCAUUACGACCUUUCUGUGUCUGGUAUAUUCGUUUCCGUAAACUAAAAUCUGUUACAUCCUGUUGAGCCUUUACAUCGUUUCGUGCGCGUUCUCGCAUAACGUUCAUAGACUCGCGGAAAUUGUACACGUCGUUCAACUCGUUGUCGGCUAGCAUUUUGGAGUGUUGACAGUGCUCCAUCCAAGUUUCAUAAGAUAUUGUACUGCAAAAACGAUGCUACUAUAUUAUAUUUACUUUGUCAUGCAUAGAGGUUAACUCAGUGCAUCGAUGAAUUACAUUCUUUAUUGUCACUAUUUAUUAUUCACAUAAUCUUACCCUUUUGGAACUCUUAACGCAUUUGGUUUAUAACUGAUGUUCGCACAUGUACGAUCCAAACUUAGGUUUUCUUUAUCUAUUUUUAUAGUUUCAUCCUUGUCCUCGACUUCUAAUGCCAUUUUAAAUGUAACUUCCUCUAGUCGAUUUAGUUUCUCCCAUGCAGCUUGGAUUCUAUGAAAGAUACAAUACAAAAUAUUUAUAGUCUCCUAUAUAUUAACACUUCCACGACCGUGCCAGAUACCUCAAAAAUUUUCUAAAAUUAAAGUAUUUCAUUCAAUUAAACAAAAAUUACAAAACAAACUUGUAUGGCAUCGAUUAUUUCUUCAACAGUCGUACCUCUUACAAAUCUUAAUAAAAUUAAGCAGUCAUUUUUAAUUAGACGUGGAAGAUUUCCCUAAUCGGUCAUCAAUCGAUUGAAUUUAAAAUGGGGAGAUCUCUCCAUUCGGUUGGCUAAGUGUUAAUAUCAUACCUCUGAGUCAAUGAUUGUUUCACAUUCUCUAUAACACAAAGUUCCUUUUUCAAUUCUGUAUCAGCUUCAUCGUAUGUAAGCUCUGUUCCUCUACGACAGUCUCUCAUUGAAAUACAUUGCGCUGUUACUUGUAAA